UAUGAUUAAAGUGGUUAAGAUUAUUCUUGGAAAACGUUCCCGUAAAUUACUAAUUCGUUUCGUGGUACGACCUUUUAUAAACAGUCGUUUAAAUAAAAUAAAAAAACAAUAUCAAAAGAUAAAACGAAUUCUUAUGAGAGCAAGUUAUGAAAUAGUCGUCGAAAUCACGAUAAUUUCUUGCUUCGAGACCAUGAAAUCAUUGGUUUGGACGUAUCAUUCAAUAAUUGAAUUAGGAUUAAUGAUUUUAAUGAUAUCGAGUGUUACAUAUUCACGUUAUCCAGCUGAAUUACCAAUAUCUUAUCAUCCCGAACUACCAAUAUAUCAUCCCGAACAAAAAUUAAUUACUAAAUUACCAAUAUCUUAUCAUCCUGAACAAAAAUUAAUUAAUGAAUUACCAAUAUCUUAUCAUCCCGAACAAAAAUUAAUUAAUGAAUUACAAAUAUCUUAUCAUCCCGAACAAAAAUUAUUUACUGCUGAUAUAUGGACAAUUCAUCUUGCUUUAGAUAAUGAUAU